UCAGGCUGCAGGAAGCGGCUCAGGAGGCUGAUCAAAAGAGGCUUCAGCGUCGACUGUCGAGACAACCGUGGCUGGAACGCCCUGCACGAGGCGGCGGCCGCUGGCAGCAAGGAGUGCGUGCAGGAGAUUUUGUCUGCUGCGGGCGCAGGCUCCUCCCGGGGCUGUGGUGCCUACGUGAACUCUCUGACACACGAGGGGGAAUCUGCGUGUUACCUGGCGGCGCAGCAUGGACACCUGGCUGUCGUCCGACUCCUCUUGAAAGCAAACGCCAACAUCAACCAGCUCACAAACGACCUGUCCUGUCCUCUGUACGCAGCGGUAGACGGCGGGUACCAGGACGUGGUGGAUCUGCUGGUCAGAAAAGGUGCGGAGGCCAACAGGACACACACGGCGUCCUGCUGGACCUGUCUUCAUCAGGCCGUUUAUAAGGGUCACAGUGAAAUUGUGCGCAUACUGGUCAACGUGUGCAACCUGGAGGCGCUGGAUGACCACAAGAUCUCCCCUCUGUUUGUGGCGGCUCAGUACGGACAGCAGGACUGCCUGGAAAUCCUCGUCAGUGCUG